GGCCCCGGUGGCCCCUCCGCAGUGGACGGGAAGGACAAGACAGCAGCGAUGCCCGACUCUCCCGCCGAGGUGAAGAGUCAGCCCCGCUCCACGCCUCCCAGCAUGCCGCCCCCGCCGCCUGCCGCGUCCCAGGGGGCCACUCGGCUCCCCUCCUUCACGCCGCACACAAUAAUGAACGGCACCCACUCGCCGACGGCCGUCAACGGUGCGCCGUCCACACCCAGUGGCUUCAGCAAUGGCCCGGCCACCUCGUCCACCGCCUCCCUGUCCACGCAGCACCUGCCCCCGGCCUGCGGGGCGCGGCAGCUCAGCAAGCUGAAACGCUUCCUCACCACCCUGCAGCAGUUCGGCAGUGACAUCUCCCCGGAGAUCGGGGAGCGCGUGCGCACGCUGGUGCUGGGGCUCGUGAACUCCACGCUGACCAUCGAAGAGUUCCAUUCCAAGCUCCAAGAGGCCACCAACUUCCCUCUGCGUCCGUUCGUCAUCCCCUUCCUAAAGGGCAGGUUCCUGGGCCCCGGCCCGGAGCCCCUGAAUCAGAACCUGCAUCUUGACAAGGUGCUGGCGGUACACGGGUCCCGGCAGGAGGAAGUGAUCGACCACCGCCUCACGGAGCGGGAGUGGGCAGAGGAGUGGAAGCACCUGAACAACCUGCUGAACUGCAUCAUGGACAUGGCUGAGAAGACUCGACGGUCGCUCACCGUGCUGCGUCAGUGCCAAGAGGCCGACCGCGAGGAGAUCAACCACUGGAUCCGGCGCUACAGUGACACCGAGGACGCCAAGAAGGGCCCCGUGCCUGCCGCUGCCCGGCCCCUCAACAGUUCCGUGGGUGCAGAGGGGUCUCAGCUAGACGCCCACCGGGAGUUCAUGCCCAGGACCCUCUCUGGCUACAUGCCCGAGGAGAUCUGGAGGAAGGCUGAAGAGGCUGUGAAUGAGGUGAAGCGGCAGGCGAUGUCGGAGCUGCAAAAGGCGGUGUCGGACGCGGAGCGAAAGGCCCACGAGCUCAUCAGCACAGAGCGCGCCAAGAUGGAGAGGGCCCUGGCAGAGGCCCGGCGGCAGGCCUCAGAAGAUGCCCUGACUGUCAUCAACCAGCAGGAGGACUCCAGCGAGAGCUGCUGGAACUGCGGGGCGAAGGCCAGUGAGACCCAGAAGGCUGUAACGGCGCUACACUGGGCGGCUCCUUCCUGCCAGCAGGCCAAGGACUGGGAGAAGCACCACCACGCAGGCGGGGCCAGAGCCUGCAGGGGGUCUCUUGCAGUCACAGCAGCCGACCCAGCCUUGGAUACACCUGAAGAUCCUCAAGGAGGCACCAUGAGUGGGGAGGAGAGCCUGACUCUCCUGGAGAGGGAAGAGCAGACGCCGACGAUCCUGCCGCCAAGAGGAAUUCCCCGACCGAGGGCAAUAGCGGAGCAGCCGCUGAAGUGA